GUGGAGCAAAGGGAGAGAACAGAAGAACCAACAGAAGACCACUUAGACAGGAGAGUGCACAUUUACCUCAGAGAGACAGAAACUCUCUGGAUGCUGGAUAUACCACCUGUUGUGGUGUCUACAGAAUCAGAAGAUGCUGGGAGAGUUCAGGAGAGGAACAGGAUUUAUGUGGACAUGUGCAAAAACAGACCUGGCAACGAUCGCUUUGUAGAAAAAAUGAUGCAAACCAUUCAUGGAGCUGCAAAGAACAAGGAGGCACAAUGUGACAAGAUCAUCAUGGAAGAUAAAGGGAUGAUGGUCACCUCCUGGGACUUGUACAACUCAUUUAACCUGACAGAAGCAGAACCUCCAUCACAAGCAGAAGGUAGCAGAGCUGUGACUGGGAAGAGCAGCCAAUGCCCUACAAGUCAAGAGCACCAUCAGACUGUCUCUCUCUCUUCUGACAGAGGCAGCACAACUUCUUCUAUACCAAGUUCAGAAAGUGCUGUUCCUACCAGAAUCCAUGAAGAGAAGGAAUGCCACUCAGAAGCUAUAUUAUCAUCAGAAAGCCUUCUGCAGGAUUUAUUUUUCAUGGAGAGGAUUCUCAUGGAGAAUAUUUUUCAGCCCAAACUUGCAGCUUAUCGACAGCUUCCUGUCCUUAGAGAUCCCGACGUUCCAUCAACCUCUAGAGGUACAACAGCAGCUGUGAAAGAAGCUAAAUGGGAAAAGUAUGACAAGGAACCAAAGUCUAAGGAAGAGCAGAAGGAAGCCAUCAUUGACCCCUCAAUUCUGUCAGAGUCAAAUAAAACCCCAGGAGAAGUUGCACCUCCCAGACUGGAAUGGCUCUGGUCCUACUCAUGUGAUUUAACUCACGGGCACAGCGUGAGCUGCAUGGCUUGGAGCAAGGUCAAUCCUGAUCUUCUAGCUGUUGGUUAUGGAGCUUUUGAUUUUAGAGACCAAAAGAAAGGCCUUGCUUGCUGCUGGUCACUGAAGAACCCCAGGUGGCCGGAGCGCGUGCUGCGGGGCGAGCGCGGGGUCACGGCGUUGGACUUCUCCCUGGGCACCCCCAAUCUCCUGGCAGUUGGCAUGGCCCAUGGCUCCAUCACCAUCUGGAACCUACGCAGCAGGAAGGACCCCGAGCUUCUGGACAGCAGUUUUUUGACUGGAAACCCCAGCAUGAACAAGAAUCUCAAAUACUAG